GUUGACCAAUAGUAAAGUGACAGGAGACGUCGUGGUUUGGGUUUAGGUUUGGAGCUGCGGGUGCAGAAUGUUUGGGAAACUUUUCUUUCCGCUGUUUCUCGUCCUGCUUUCCCACCAUGAGGCAGCUGACGCUCAGAAGAAGAAAGAGACCCUGCUGUCAGAGAAGGUGACGCAGAUGAUGGAGUGGGCCUCGAAGCGUUCAGUCAUCAGGAUGAAUGGAGAUAAGUUUCGUCGCUUUGUCAAGGCUCCUCCGAGAAAUUACUCCGUUGUCAUCAUGUUUACAGCUCUGCAGCCACAGAGGCAGUGUGGUGUGUGCAGACAAGCUGAUGAGGAGUUCCAGGUGCUGGCUAAUUCCUGGCGUUAUUCCUCUGCCUUUACCAAUAAAGUCUUCUUUGCAUGUGUUGAUUUUGAUGAAGGAUCGGACGUCUUCCAGAUGCUGAAUAUGAAUUCUGCGCCAACCUUCCUUCACUUCCCACCCAAAGGCAAACCUCGUAGAUCUGAUACCUAUGAGCUGCAGGUCAGGGGCUUUGCUGCUGAGCAGUUGGCUAGAUGGGUGGCAGAUAGGACUGAUGUGCAGAUCCGUGUGAUUCGUCCUCCCAACUAUGCCGGGCCUCUCCUGCUGGGCUUCCUCCUGGCUGUGAUUGGAGGACUGGCAUAUCUACGAAGACACAAUUUGGAGUUUCUGUUUAACAAGAACGUGUGGGCCUUCUCAGCAUUGUGCUUUGUCUUGAUCAUGACUUCAGGCCAGAUGUGGAACCACAUUAGAGGACCGCCAUAUGCACACAAAAAUCCCAGCACUGGACAAGUUAGUUAUAUCCAUGGCAGCAGUCAAGCCCAGUUUGUGGCUGAGACGCACAUUGUCCUACUCUUCAAUGCCGCUGUGACCAUGGGAAUCGUGCUGCUUUGUGAGGCUGCUACCUCUGAUGUUGACAUUGGAAAGAGGAAAAUUAUGUGUGUAGCAGGUAUUGGUCUGGUGGUGCUUUUCUUCAGCUGGUUGUUGUCCAUUUUCAGAGCAAAAUACCACGGAUAUCCAUACAGCUUCCUGAUGACUUAGAGCAGACCACUUGCAACAAGGAAGUUCUGUCCACAAGGGGCCGUCCAUGGCAACAAUACCACAUUACUGUUUUGCUAAGCCAUGACUUAUUGUCUUACCUGUUGAGUCAAAAGUGUGUUUCAAAACACACAUGCGCGCGCACGCACACACAGACACACACACACACACACACACACACUGUGCCUUUACAACAGAAGCCUCAUCACUAGAGUGUAUCCUAAAAUCAUCUUAGGGAAAAAAAAGUCUAUUCCUCAAAUUGUUUAAUUUGUAAUAAUUAGUACAUCAUUUCCAGUAUGUAUCAAAAUGUUUAACUUUUAAAAAAAACUUUUUUUAGCUUUGUAUGUUUGUGUGUGUGUGUGUGUUUGUUUUUGUAUUUGUUACCUAUUUAGGACCUUUUCUGAUAUGGUUAGGGAUCAGACCUUGGGUAGGUUGUCCAAAUGAAUGGAAGUUAAUGCAAGUCUUAAAAUGGAUAAAAAUACAAAUUAUAAUGUACCUUCAACUCAGCUUCUACAUUAGCCAUUCACAAAGCCUGGUGCUUAAGAUACAAAUACAGUGGUUUCAAAUAUCAAAUCAUUUCACUCUAUCUGAAAUCAGUUAGAUUAUUCAUCAGCGAACGUUCUUGGGUAGAAUCUCAGUUUGACCAUAGGCUCAUAGGCUUUUUUGUGGGUCCUCCCCUUGCGUGUGUGUGUGUGUGUGUGAUUGGGUGGGUUUACUCUCCCACCGACCAUAGAUGUACAGAUUGGGUUUAACUUCAAAUUUAUGACACAGCACAACAGUUUUGAGAAGCGGCACCUUUGUUCCUACUGUCAUCUCACCACUGCUGCGUCUGUAAAAACGGUCGUCAAACAAUAAUCCAGCUAGAAGGGUAAGAACACCAAUGUUGCCUCUUUGACUGGAGACUGGUGAAUUGACUGCAGGUGUGAAUGUGUUUCUCUCUGUAUGUCGUCUCUGUGAUGGGCUGGCGACCUGUCCAGGGUGAACCUUCCUCGAAAGAUAAAUGCUACAGAUAAUGGAUGGAUGUAUAAAGUAUUAGUAGAUAAAGAUGUUAAUGUUUAAAUCACCAUCCCUACCGCCCCCAUUUACUUGCUAAAUUAGAAAUUACUAGUAAAAUGUUGAAUGAAAGGAAAUGGUGUUUUCUAAAUCCCCUCUACCAUAAUGAACUUGUAUAUGUAUUUAAAAUGAACUUGGCAGUGUGUUUGUUGGUUAUUGUAUGUUUGGUACAGUAUACAUUUGUUCUUCCCAUCAUUGGAUCUGCUGAGAGCAGGUGAUAAGUAACUCUUUUUUUUCUUAAUCCCUUUAAAAAGAAUGGUCUUAUCCUCAGAGUGGGACUGAUGAGAGUCCUUUAUGAGAAGUGAAUGCUUCUUAUGGUGUGAAACAUUUUAAGUGCUUUAAAUGUUUGUCCUUGCCUUAUCAGUUUGUACCAGGAGAAACUAUUUGAGUAUUUCUGAAAUUAAAGUGCCUUAACUGCC